CCAUCCAAAGUGUGCUGUGCGGAGCAGACGCCUUGCUGCCGACCAAGACGGGGGCCGUGGGCUCGGCCAAGCUGGCACUGCACGAGAACGGCACCCUGGAGUACCAGGUGCAAGUGGUGGGCACUGCCAGCGAGGUGGUGGGCAUCACGCUGGAGACCAAACCUCGUCGGAAAAGCAAGAGGAAUGUCCUAUUCGACAUGACGCCCAGCUACAAGGAUGGGCUGGCCCAGGGCACCUGGCAGAGCCCCAGCGCUCGUGAUGCUCACAUGCUGCUCCAGAACGAGCUCUUCCUCAAUGUGGCCACCAAGGACUGGGUGGAAGGCGAGCUGCGGGGCCAGAUCAUCUCCCUGCCUUAUAGUGGGCUGCUUGCCCGCUACACAGAUAUGCCUGUGGUACUGGCAGGGCAGCUGGUGUCCCCCCCAGUGGGCAGUGGGGCCGGGGGGCACGCCUGGCUCUCACUGGACGAGCACUGCCACCUGCACUACGAGAUCUCCGUAGCAGGACUGGGCCGCCCGUCCGAUGGCACUGUCAGCGCCCACCUCCAUGGGGUGGCUGAGCUGGGCGAGAUGGGCACCCGUCCCCACCAGCACAAGCGCCUGCUCAAGGGCUUCUACAGCACCGAGGCGCAGGGGGUGGUGAAGGAUCUGGAUGCCGACCUGCUGCAGCACCUGGCCCAGGGCACCGCUUUCUUGCAAGUCAGCACCAAAGCCCACCCGCAUGGGGAGAUGCGGGGACAG